AUGCCCAAGCAGAACGUCAGCAAAGGCAACAGGAACGAGACCGGCUCAGGGCGGCGCAACGAAUACAACGAACAUGGAGAGGACAUCGCGUGCGACGAACCCUACGAGAUGAACGGCGCCAGGCUAUCGACCGUCUACUCCAUCAAACAUACAGCCUACCAAAACUUGGUUGUUUCUUUUCUGACACAGCCCGGCCCGGCGCGAUGCUCAGACCUUAUUACGAGACUAGCCGCCAACAUAGACCUAGAUCGGCUGUCAAAUUAUAUCAUUGACCUCUCGCAUAAGCUUUCAAAGCAUGACCCGAACGCUGUCCUCUGGCUUAUCGCACACUACAUUGCGAUCAAUGGGGCGAAGGAACAACGAAGCUCAAGGCUUCUUUUCAUAAAGACCCUAGAAUCACUCUUCCCUCUGUGCUCAGCCCAGAUAAGGGCGGGUUUUGCCGUUGCUCGACCAAAGGACACGGGUUACUUUGCGGAAGCCGAGCAAGAUGGAUCCGACGUUCUGCAUCCUUUUGUGCGACAACAGCUUCAGUCGCUAGUUGAUAAAGGAGCUAUCCAAGACCUUCUUAGCGCUUUUACCGCAACUACCGGGGAGACCUCUACUUCAGCGGAUGACGACGCCAGUUACCUCGCUGGUUUCAUCCUGACUUUGAUCAACUGCUUCCCUGCUUUUAGUGAGGACAUUCGCAUGUUCCUCUAUGUGGCUGACAUUUCAACUGCCCAAGGCCGUAUUCCAACGGCCAAGUACUUCUGGAAUGCUACACAGAAGACGUCUGUGUUCUCAGAGAUUGCGUCCAGCCAAGACUCUACGCUAGAUUUUCUUCGACGCAAGCCGUCAUCACCAGCUGCCGAAGCGGUGUGGCAACGAGAAUGGAAAACUGUUCUUCUCUUCCUUGAAUCGUACAUCUUCGUUUUGCGGCUCAUGGACGACGAUGAUUUCUUCAGCACUUUAAACCCCCAUCCUAACUUCGGCGGCCCUUCCUCUCGACUACGUCUGGCGGGAAUGUCGCUGAGCGAACUGAAGCGCUUGACGCAGUUUCUCAAGCACCUCAGUUUCACAAUGUACUACAAUGCUAAGGAGCUACUGACAAACAGCCCUUGGGCCGAGACGCUCAACUCAAAUCGCCCUAGAGGCGAUGGCGGUCAAGCUUCCAAAAAUGAUAGCUUCCUUCCUCCUGCCGGAGUUGAUUUCACUACGCUCAGAGACUUAGCGACGACAGCCAUGAAGAUGCUUUACGAACGGGACUCGAGACGACCAUUUUUGCCCGAAGGCCACUGGUUGAUGACAUCCAAGUUCGACAUGGAGGGUUUCCUUGCGGCUGUGGUUCUUGAAGAGCAGAGACAACACGAGCUGAGGAAUACCGAAGAUGGUGCCGACAGCUCCGAGGAUGAUCAACAGGAGUGGUCUCACUACGCACAUCUUGAGAGGCUCAGACAGAAGAAUAGGAAGGCCGCCCGCAACCACUUACUGUCUGCGAUCACCCCGAAGCUUGAGAUUCUGCGCAACAUGCCUUUUGCUAUCCCAUUUGAGACGCGCGUUCAGAUCUUCCGACAGUUCAUCCAACUGGACAAGCAGCGCAGACGUGGAGGAGACGGCGACCCAGACAUGUGGAGAGCUCAUAUGCUACGCAAUGGCUUUGGUGCCCAGCACCCCCUGGGUAAACACACGGCUCGGAUCCGAAGAGGUCGAGUUUUUGAGGAUGCUAUGAAACAGCUGUGGGAGUUGGGCGAAGGACUCAAAGAGCCGAUCCAGGUUACGUUUGAGGACGAAUUUGGAAUGCAGGAGGCGGGUAUCGAUGGCGGCGGCGUCACCAAAGAGUUCCUCGACAGCGUGACUACAGAGGCGUUCACUCACACCGAACUCUUUGUAACGAACAGCAAGAACGCCUACUACCCAAAUCCCACCCUCAUCGAUCGGAUCAGAAACAUGCGGGUAGGAGAACCGGAAGAAACACAGCGUGCUGUAGAACAGGUGCUCAAAAUGUACGAAUUCCUGGGGCGAAUCAUCGGCAAAUGUAUGUACGAGGGGAUCCUGAUUGACAUCGUCUUCGCCGGCUUCUUCCUCCUCAAAUGGGCCACCGCCAACGACACCCCAGGCGGCAGUAGCACCUCCCUAGCGUCAUCCUCCACCACCGCUGGCUACCGCGCCAACAUCAACGACCUGCGCGAACUCGACGAGGAGCUCUACCAAGGCAUGCUCAGCCUCAAAAACUACACGGGCGACGUGCAAACCGACCUAGCUCUCGACUUCACCAUUACCGACCCCAUCAACUCACCCGGCGAACCCACCCGCACCAUCAUCCGCCCGCUCAUCCCCCACGGCGACUCCACGCCCGUCACCAACGAGAACCGCCCCCUCUACAUCUCCUACGUAGCCCGCCACCGCCUCGUCCGCCAACCCUACCCGCAAACGCGCGCUUUUCUGCGCGGUCUGGGCUCCGUCAUCGACCCCAGCUGGCUCUCCAUGUUCAACCAACUUGAGCUCCAACGCCUCGUCGGCGGCGACAGCUCCGAAAUCGACGUCGAAGAUCUCCGUCGCAACACGCACUACAACGGGGUGUACCAGAUCGGCCUCGACGGGGAGGAACAUCCGACCAUUCAGAUCUUCUGGGAGGUGAUGCAUGAGCUGAAGGACGAGGAGAGGAGGGAGGUCCUGAAAUAUGUGACGUCAACGCCGAGAGCGCCGCUGUUGGGGUUUGGUCAGUUGAGACCGUAUUUCACGAUCAGGGAUGCCGGGCAGGAUGAGGACCGGUUGCCGAGUGCGAGUACGUGUGUGAAUUUGCUCAAGUUGCCGCAGUAUCGGAGUAAGGGGAGACUGAAGGAGAAACUGCUGUAUGCGGUGAAGAGUGGGGCUGGGUUUAAUUUGAGUUAA